AUGGUGCACGUGCCCAGCGACCCCCGGUGGAGCACAGGUCGCCUCAAGACCUUUGCGCAGGCGCGUCACUGGCGCCAGGCAUUGAAGCACUUGGAGGUCUUAGGCCAGAAAGCCUUCAAGUUCAACAUCAUCCACUGCAAUUCGGCUCUGGCCGCCUGCGCCUGGCCUCUGGCCGGACACCUCCUGCGACACGCGGAGCGACACGCGGAGCGCGCCGGCGCGGACGCCUUCACGGUGAACUCCGCGUGCGCGGCGUGCGAGCGCCGUGGCCGCUGGGGCGAGGCGCUGCAGCUGCUGGCUUGGGCCGCGCGUGGUGCUCUGCGCUGCGAGGUGCUGGGCUACAACGGCGCCAGCAGCGCUGCGGCCAAGGAUGGCAGGUGGACGCAGAGCAUGGAGGUUUUGAAGGAGAUGCGCACCAACACCUUGCAGCGGACGGUCAUCAGCUUCGCUGCGCUCAGCGUGAAGUGGCCCUGGGCGCUGGAGACGCUGGAGCUCAUGCGUCACUGCGAUGCUUCUCCAGGCGCCUAUCACGUGAACGGUGCCAUCACCAGCUGCGGUGCCUCCCAACUCUGGCGCGCAGCGCUGUUCCGCGUUGGAGACGCUGCGGCGGACGUGGUGGGGUGCAAUGCGGCUAUGAGCGCCUGUGAGUGGCUUUGGGCCGCGGAACUGCUGGAGUGCAUGGCAGCGAUGGGAUCAAUCCAACAGGACAUCAUUUCCUUCAACGCCUUGCUGAACGCCUACAGCGCUGAAGAUCUAUGGCCAAGAGCAGUAAAUCUUUGGCGGCUCCUCGAAGGGCGAGAUGUGGAACCCAGCACCGUGACAGCCAACUGCCUGAUUGGCUCGGCUGCAUGGCCAGAGGCUUGGCAGUGCCUGCAUCGCUUCCUCCAAGGCGGCGUGGAGGUGGAUGUGAUUGGGGUGAACUCUGUGAUCUCGAGCGACUGGCGCAUGGCUCUGACCUGCGAGCACUUCUUCGCCCGAGCGGGCCUCCGCCGCACCUUGAUCACCUACGGCGCGCUGACCUCCACCACUGCGUCCGGUCCUUCACCGAGCGCCUGGUCGCUGGCGCAGGCGGUGUGGGCGCAGCAGGCGCAGCAGGGCGCCGCGGCCGAGGCGGUGGGGCAAAGCGCGAUGCUGAAGGCUUGGGCGGAUGGCCAACAAUGGAGGUGGGCGCUGGAGAUGCCUCCCUCCGACCUCAAUGGCUACGGCGCCCAGCUGAACGCCUUGAGCUCCGUCGGCCGCUGGCGCGCCGCGCGGGCCGCGCUUUCGUCCGCUGCGCUUUCAGCGACGCUUUCGGCGACCCGCGUCCUGCGGUCGGCUGUGUGUUGCCACAGCGCGGUGGCGGGCUGUGAGCGGGCCGGUGCCUGGGAGCAAGUGCUCUUGCUGGAAAUGGCCAUGUUCAACAGUUCGAGUCGAUGGCGUACAUCACCAGAUGGGUGCAGGUCCCUGCAGCGAUCGAAAGCAAAACAUGAGGCCAUACGAGGUCGGGCGCUGAACCGGAUCAUGCUGAACGCAGUGGUGAGCGCCCGUGAGAAGGGCGGCCUUCUGGCGGGGAAAGAACUCUUCGACGCUGCAGAGAGGGAAAGACGGCAAGCUGCGAUGAGAUUUUUUGGCGCGUUCACAUGCUUGUUUUGGUGUUGA